AUGACCACCCAGGGUGAAAGAAGUUUUUUGAAGUGGGAAUACUUGCGGAAUCUGUCCUCGACAAGAGUUACCAAGUUUAGCAAAAUACCGGUUAUUCACAAGCACGCUGUUAAAGAUCGAGUCAUGGUAAAGUACAAUAACUUCAUCUGGAUGGUAUGUCGAUGUACCAAGAAUAAGGCACCUGCCAGAGUGGCCCAAGGAUGGGCCAAGAUGGGAGGUUACUCAAUACUCAAGUUUCUAUCAGUGAGGAUCAUCCGCCAGAACGUUCGGUCUCCAGUGGUGGCGGAGAAGUCGAUUCACAUCGAGCUCGGCAAGACUCUUCAAGUUAUUGCUUUGAUGAAGGAGCACUCAGUAACACCAGUUCUAAUCGUGGCUUCCGCCGCUGCACCCUCCAGCUGGCAUCUAGAAGUUAGAAAAUGAUUACAUCCACAACCUAAAAUGGCGGUUUUCAGCGCUAAUAGUGGAGAAAAGGAUGAAAUCCCUCUGAUAUCUAUGGAAUCAGCGCGAUACGGCAUUAUGUUGCUUCCUACACCCGUAUUCGGAUCGAAUUUGCCGAUAUCAAGCGAUGAAUGGAGGAUAUGGAAUACAGAAGGGAAAAUCUAUACUCAGAACACACAGUGA